GAACUACAGAUCGCUCAGUGAUUACAAUUUUAUAAAUGAUAUCAUGAUUGAUCAAUGACUUUAUUUUUCAAUUCGUGGGUGAAUUUACAAGGGAAAUCAGCUUACAUCAACACUUGUUGUAAUAGUAAACUUUAGACAGCUUUGUAACCUAACAAUUUGUUACUUACAUGGGCUAGGCUCAUGUCUUUUAAAGCCAUCUUUGCUACGAAAAGAAUUGGAUAAAAGAUAAUUGUUUCAAUUAAAUUGAAUUUUCAUGGAACCAGAAUUUAAUGAAAAACAGUUGAUCGGGAAAUAGCAUAUAAGCAUAUUUACACUGGAUUAUCUGGCAAGUUACUGUACUUACACUGGAUUAAUCGGUGACACGCCAUCUUGAGGUUAUAGAAUCAAAACAAAGUUGAUUAGCAACUUAUUAUCAGUCAGUGUGGUUAGCAUUCUGUGGUUAGCAAACUAAUCAGAUUCUCUUGAACUUUUUACUUUUGAUUUUUAUCAAAAUUAGAUACUUUUAAUCAAAUAUGGAUUUAUAUUACAUGGCUGAAAGUCCACCUUGUCGAACAGUGUUGAUGCUGAUUGAACAUUUAAACUUGAGAGUGAAUUGUAUAAAUGUUGACUUGUCAAAACAAGAACAACUAUCUCAGAGCUUUCUUAAGAUUAAUCAUUUCCAUGUGGUUCCCACUUUGGUUGAUGGUGAUUUUACUUUGUGGGAAAGUCGAGCUAUAGUCAAAUAUCUGAUUGAUAAGUUUGCACCCAACAAUCAAUUGUAUCCUGAAAAUUUGCAAGAAAGAGCUAAAGUUGAUCAAUGGUUAUAUCAAGAAAUGGGCAUCUAUUGCUUGUUGAGCUCAUUUAUAAGUCCAGUAUUCGUUGGUAAAAAGCCGGAUAAAUCAGGUGAACAACGAUUUUUGGAUUCAUUGGAUUCAGUAAAUCUUCACAUGGAAAAUCGGAAAUAUCUGGCCUUAGAUCAUUUAACAAUUGCUGAUAUUUCCUUCGUGUGUUCACUAUCGCUUGCUGAAGCUUGCUCUGUGGAUCUAGAAAAAUAUCACAAUAUUAACCUUUGGAUGAAACGCAUUAAAUCCGAGUUAACUUAUUAUGAAAAAGUUAAUUCAGAACCAAUGAUUAAUCUAAUUACCUUCAUGAAAGAUGCAAUUGCUAGAGCUCAAUAGGUCUAACAAUUUCGGCCAAUUAAGGAGGAAAAUCCAACCGCAUUUUCUAAUUCUUUUUUUACCCUUUUGUAUUAUGGCAAUACCAAUACCAAUACAAGACCAAAUCUUCCUUCAGCUGAUGCUUUUGUCAAUUGUUUUUAAUCUGAAUACUGUCCAAAAUUUAUUCAAAAUAAACAAGUUAGGAUCUUAA